AUGCGGGGGGGAGGCCUGGACCCCCCCAGCAGGGAGGGCCUGGGCCCCCCAAGGACCCACCGCCAACCUGGGGGCCUCGCUCCCGAGGGCCGGAACUGGCGGGGGCGGGGGGCGCUGCCGGACACGGGCCCUUCCCCCAACUCCCCGUCCCGGGGAGGGCGGGCGGGGGGAGCCCGGACGCCUGGGUUCCGAGCCUGGCGGGGGGGCGGGCCCUUAUCUGAUGGUUUUACCCGCGGCCCGGAGCGGAGGCGGGUUUCUUCGGGUGGCGGUGGAGGAAACUACAUUUCCCGGCGGCCCCCGCGGCAAGAUGGGGGCGGGGCCCGGACUCCGUUUCCCGGCGCCCCCCGCGGCAAGAUGGGGGCGGGGCCCGGACUCCGUUUCCCGGCGCCCCCGCGGCAAGAUGGGGGCGGGGCCCGGACUCCGUUUCCCGGCGCCCCCCGCGGCAAGAUGGGGGCGGAGCCCGGACUCCGUUUCCCGGCGCCCCCCGCGGCAAGAUGGGGGCGGGGCCCGGACUCCGUUUCCCGGCGGCCCCCGCGCCGAAGGGGCGGGGCUGGCGCGGCGCAGGCGCACUCUGACUCGCCCCGCCCCCCCCCGUCCGGCCUCGCCAUGAGCAGCGCAGCGCCGGCCCCUCCGGGCCCGGACCAGCUCCUUCGCCGACGCCGCCGCGGCGGGCCCCCCGGCCCCGGAGCCCCCGCCCGCCCGGACCCGUCCCGGGGCCGCCGGGCGCACAAGGCGGGGGCGGCGGGCCCGCGGCCCGGGGGGGGCGGCCGGCGGCGGGGCGCGGCCCUUCCGCCGGGCCUGAAACUCGGCCGGGACAGUGGGAAGGUGAGCACGGUGGUGGCCACGCCCGGCCAGGGCCCGGAGCGCCCCCAGGAGGUCUCUUACUCUGAUAUCAAGGUCAUCGGGAACGGUUCCUUUGGUGUGGUCUAUCAGGCCCGCCUGGCCAACUCCGGGGAGCUGGUGGCUAUCAAAAAAGUGCUGCAGGACAAGCGCUUCAAGAACCGGGAGCUGCAGAUCAUGCGCAAGCUGGAUCACUGCAACAUCGUGCGGCUGCGCUACUUCUUCUACUCCAGUGGGGAGAAGAAGGAUGAGGUGUACCUGAACCUGGUGCUGGACUUCGUGCCCGAGACAGUGUACCGCGUGGCACGCCACUUCACCAAGGCCAAGCAGCCCAUCCCCGUCAUCUACGUCAAGGUGUACAUGUACCAGCUGUUCCGCAGCCUGGCCUACAUCCAUUCCCAGGGGGUCUGUCACCGCGACAUCAAGCCCCAGAACCUGCUGGUGGACCCCGACACCGCCGUGCUCAAGCUGUGCGACUUCGGCAGUGCCAAGCAGCUGGUGCAGGGUGAACCCAACGUCUCCUACAUCUGCUCCCGCUAUUACCGUGCCCCUGAGCUCAUCUUUGGGGCCACCGACUACACGUCCAACAUAGAUAUCUGGUCAGCGGGCUGCGUCCUGGCUGAGCUGCUGCUCGGUCAGCCCAUCUUCCCUGGGGACAGCGGAGUGGACCAGCUGGUGGAAAUCAUCAAGGUGCUGGGGACGCCGACGCGGGAGCAGAUCCGAGAGAUGAACCCCAACUACACAGAGUUCAAGUUCCCCCAGAUCAAAGCACAUCCCUGGCUAAAGGUGUUCAAGCCGCGGACCCCGCUGGAGGCCGUCUCGCUGUGCAGCCGCCUGCUGGAGUACACGCCUGCCACCCGCCUCUCCCCCCUGGAGGCCUGCGCCAACGCCUUCUUCGACGAGCUGCGGGAACCCAGCGCCCGCCUGCCCAGCGGGCGUGACCUGCCCCCCCUCUUCAACUUCAGUGCUGUGGAACUGGCCAUCCAGCCCUCGCUCAACACCUCCCUCAUCCCACCCCACCUGCGGGCCCAGAGCACCUUGCUGGGGUGCGCGCCCGGCACCCCUGCCACACAUGGCACUGACCGGAGCCAGCCAACACCGGGGGACGGCGCGGGACCCAUCGCCAAUGCGUCCUGAGGGGCUGGGCGGGGCUGGGCUGGGGGGCAGGCCCCCUCCCCACCCCAUGGACUUGUCUGAACUGUGAACUGGGUGGGGGCGGUGCCCAUGGACCACACGGAGCCUGCUUCCCAUUGGCUGGGGGGCAGCUGUCAGAGGCGAUGUUGCCCCUUGCUAACACACCAGGCCUCAGUGUGGGGGCGCUGGUCAUGCUGCUUUCCCAGCCUGAUCUCUGGAAGGGGCUGGGGGGCUCAGGCCCCCUGGAUUUUAAGUUGCUUUUGGUUUUUAACAUCCUACUCCACUGCCCCCCUCGUCUCCUAUGCUGCUGUCCUGCAUGGGAUGCAGGCCCUGGCCCCCCACAUGGGGGAGAUGGGUGUCCCCUCCCCUGUGCUGUGAGGAUAGAGGGGGAUCCUGCAGUGGGUCAGGAGUGGAUGGAUGUCUGGACAUGGGGUGUCCCCCAGGCAUUCCCCCCAAAAGCCCCAUGAUGGGAAGGGCACAGCUCUGUGGGGGGGGAGUUUUUAUUUCCCCUCCUGCCUGCCCCCCCCUGUAAAUACCCCUCUCUGUAAACCAGGUUCUUUUACUGACCGCUGUGUACAUAGAUGAUUUUUUCUUAAUCUGAGUGCCCCCCCAACCCCCCAAUGUGUGUUAGUUUCUCUUACGUUCUGGCUCUGUACAGACACCCGGUUCAAUAAAUUAUUGGCAUGAAAGGA